AUGUCACCUGCAGGAGAAGAAAAGAGCUUUCCUCUUCCAGAGAGAUGGCCCCGAGCCAGCAAAUUCGCUCUGUCAGCCUGUGCAGCGGCUGUGGCAGAACUAGUGACUUUUCCCCUGGAUCUCACAAAAACUCGGCUGCAGGUCCAAGGUGAAGCCGCUGCUCGUCGCCAUGGAGCUGCCUGGGGCAGGAGGGUCCCUCACCGGGGCAUGCUGGGCACCAUGGCUGGCAUCCUGCAAGAGGAGGGCUUGCAAAAGCUCUGGCAAGGAGCCACACCAGCUGUCUACCGCCAAAUAGUGUACUCUGGUGUUCGGAUGGUUGCGUACGAACAUCUUCGUGACUCCAUGCUUGGCAAGUCUGAGGAUGAAACCUUUCCUUUCUGGAAAGCUGUAGUUGGAGGCAUGGCUGCCGGUGCCAUUGGACAGUUUUUUGCCAGCCCAACUGAUCUGGUGAAGGUGCAGAUGCAGAUGGAAGGAAAAAGGAAGUUGGAAGGAAAGCCAUUACGGUUUCAAGGAGUGCACCAUGCCUUUAUGAAGAUCCUGUCUGAAGGAGGAAUACGAGGUCUCUGGGCUGGAUGGGUGCCAAAUGUCCAGAGAGCUGCUCUGGUGAACAUGGGAGAUCUGACCACAUAUGACUCAGUGAAACAUUUUUUGCUUCUGAACACUCCUCUUGUGGACAGCAGUGUGACUCAAAGUGUUGCCAGCUGCUGCUCUGGCCUGGUUGCUGCUGUCCUGGGAACUCCUGCUGAUGUGGUCAAAACCCGGAUAAUGAACCAGCCCAGAGAUGCACAGGGAAGAGGUCUGCUGUACAAGUCUUCCAUGGACUGCUUGGUUCAAACUGUAGAGGGUGAAGGGUUUCUGUCUCUGUACAAAGGCUUUAUACCCACCUGGAUGCGAAUGGCUCCUUGGUCACUGGUAUUCUGGCUUACCUAUGAACAAAUCAGAAAGAUCUGUGGAGUUAGUUCUUUUUAAAAUCAUG